CAGGCCACGCCCCCGUGUUUAUACCCCCGCAGCUGGAUAAAGACUCGCAGACUACGAGGAAACUCAUCUGUAAUAAGAAGGUGGAGAGAUGGCAGCAGAUAAGCUGAAAAAGGCGAGGACGAAGUUUGUGGAAAAGGCCGAUAUAGAACUGAUCAAGCAGCUACUGGACGACCUCGUAGACAAUGGCGUCUUGAAUGAUGGCCAGAAAGACUCAAUAUUGGAGAGGAACAGGACAAAAGCAGACACAGCACGCAAUCUCAUCGACGUGGUGAAGGCAAAAGGAAACAAAGCCAGCGAAAUACUGAUCGCUAGCCUUGAGAGUAGAGAUAGUUCUCUCUUCUCUGUACUCGGUCUUUCCUCCGCUCAACCUGCUCUGCCGGCUGCGGAGCCAAAGGUGGAGCCGACGUGGUCAACCACACUCCUUCCAAUCACCGACGAUUUCUGCAGUAAACUGAGUCAUAGAGAUAUUUACCCUGCAGACAAAAAUUCCAUAAGGAAUCGUGUGGCCCUGCUAAUCACCAACAUAAAGUUUACUAAUGAGACACCGAACAGAAAUGGAGCCGAGAAGGAUGAGGAGAACAUGGAGAUUCUGAUGAAGGGACUGGGAUACGAGGUGGUGAAACACCGUAACCUCACAGCAAAGGCAAUCGAUGAGGCUUUAAAGAAGUUCGCCGAACACCCCAAACUCAAAGAGACAGACAGCGUGUUGGUGGUUUUGAUGUCACACGGGUUACGGGGCCGUGUCUGCGGUGUGGACUGGAAGCGUGAAAGAAAGGCAGAUGAGUUUCUCAUCGACAACAUCUACAAACACCUGGGCCCAGAGAAUUGUCCAGCGCUGCUGAACAAACCCAAGAUCAUCAUGAUCCAGGCCUGCAGAGGAGGUGACGAAGGAGCAGUGGUUGUUAGAGAUGGUGAUGGUCCAGCUUUGGCCUGUGAUGAUGCUGGUGAAGAAGACAUUGAGGAU